CCAUCCAGCUCCUACAGCAAGAAAUCUGCGCCUCAGAAGUCCUGCAGAGAUGGGCAAAAUCAUCAUUUAUGAGCAUGCCAACUUCAAGGGCCUCUCCAGAGAAUUCACCACUGACAUUUCCAAUCUAAAAGAUGUCGAUUGGAAUGAUAUUGUCUCCUCAGUGAAAGUAAUUGGCCAGCCUUGGGUGGCUUAUGAGCAUGUUGAUUACAAGGGUCGAUUUCUGGUGUUUGAGGAGGGAGAAUAUAACUCUGUAGAUAAAAAGAUGAAUGACAGGAUCAGCUCUCUGCAGGUGAUCACUGAAAGUCUGUACAAUCCCCAGAUCACCCUCUAUGAACACAUUAAUUAUCAAGGGAAGAGCAGAAUAAUAACAGAAGCGACCAACCUGGCUGCAGGACACGACAAUGACAUCGUGUCUUCCCACAAAGUCCAGAGAGGUGCCUGGCUGCUGUGUGAGCACAGUGAUGGAAGUGGAAUUCAAUACCUUGCCCGAGCCCAAGAGCACUUUCCAAAUUACAAGGCAAUCAAUUUCAACGACGAGCUUUCCUUCCUGCGUCCCCUGCGCCCUGGCUAUGGCUGUUAGAAUGCAAAUCCCGCAGCGCUGAGAAAAGAUGCAGAAAUUUGAUACCCGGAUCUCCGCCUCUGCUGGUGCUGCCUUUUCCCCCAGUGUCCCAGGACCACCGAAUGUCAGCGCUCUCUGCUCUGCUGCACUGCAGAGCAGCACUUCUCCUUCCUGCCUUGCACGCUGCUCCCACCCCACCAAUGCAAGAAUCAUCAGGCUUGAUCAUAUGAGAGUGUCCAAGCUAGAGGAGGCAAUGCCACAUGUGUGAAACCUGUUGUACCCUCAGCUGGCAUUCCAGAGUCCUGGCCUAUGGAAUGUAGAAGCAUUGCAGGUUGUGUGUGUGGCUAAGUGAAACAGAAAGUGUCAGUGCAGAGCCAGCAUGACUUCAUUGUAAUUUGCAUUGCAAUGCCCUUGUGGUACUGUGGCCUCUGCCAUUGUCUGUAAUCCAUUUUGUGUUGCUGCCAUUAAAGAAUCCUUUGCA